GGUAAUGAGAGUGCAUAUGAACAAAAGUUUAUGGCAAAAAAUUUGAACUUUGUUAAAAGCAAAAUAUAUGCAAUAAUAAAGAAAGAAAAUAUUUUUCUGGGGUUGAGAAAGAGAACAGAGGAAAAGACAGAAAGCACAACGUCAGAGUUAACCGUAGGGUUUCCCUUGGGUAUUGUUUUGGACAGCCUGAGUAAGGGUUGUUCUUAGCUAGAUCCCAGAAGCAAGACUUGUUGUAACAUAUAUACGAAGAACCCAGAUCUAUGGCCCAUGACACAGACUUAGGAUUCAAAAAAUUCCAAAUAUAAGAAAAGAUGAUGAAGGGUUUGAUGUUCCAACAAGAACAGCAGCAGCAGCAACCAUUGGUGGAGGAAAACAUGUCUAAUUUGACUUCUGCAUCCGGUGAAGCUAGUGCUUCCUCAGGCAACAGAACAGAAAUUGGUACCAGUUACCCUCAACAACACCUUGCUUCACCACCAACUCAAACACAGCCUCCACUUAAGAAAAAGAGAAACCUUCCUGGCAACCCAGACCCAGAUGCUGAAGUAAUCGCCUUGUCUCCAAAGACUCUUAUGACAUCGAAUAGGUUCAUUUGUGAGAUCUGUAACAAAGGAUUCCAAAGAGAUCAGAAUCUUCAACUUCAUAGAAGAGGACACAAUUUACCAUGGAAGCUGAAGCAGAGAACAAGCAAAGAGAUAAAGAAGAAGGUGUAUGUGUGUCCAGAAGCCACUUGUGUGCACCAUGACCCAGCAAGAGCCCUGGGAGACCUAACAGGUAUCAAGAAGCACUUCUGCAGAAAGCACGGUGAGAAGAAGUGGAAAUGUGACAAGUGCUCAAAGAAGUAUGCAGUUCAAUCAGACUGGAAAGCUCACUCGAAAACCUGUGGAACAAGGGAGUAUAGAUGUGACUGUGGAACCCUCUUCUCAAGGAGGGACAGUUUCAUAACACACAGAGCCUUCUGUGAUGCAUUAGCAGAGGAGAGUGCAAGAGCAGUGACAGGCAUAGCCAACGCACUUCAACCUGCAGGAGCCUCUUCAGCCUCUCAUCAUCAGAUGAAUAUUCUCCAAACUCAAAACAUUCAUGGUUUCCCAUUGAAGAAAGAGCAACAAAGUUUCAAUCUAAGGGCAGAAAUACCACCUUGGCUUGCCCCACCACCACCCACCGUUGAUCCAAUCUUCUCCCCAAGGUUGGAUCAAGAUCUUAGCCUCAUUGAAAACCCAAACCCUAACCCUAGACUUGGUCCCACUCUUCCUGCAUUUCAACAAACACCUUCACCUCACAUGUCAGCUACAGCGUUGCUGCAGAAAGCAGCUCAGAUGGGUGCAACCAUGAGUACCAAAACUUGCUCUUCACCACCACCCAUGAUCAGGACCCACCAACAAGCUCACGUGCAUGCUGACUAUGGCAAUGGCAACUUCUCAAGCAGUAAUUUUGGUUUAAAUUUGGCACCUUUUGGGAAUAAAGCUGCAGAUGCAGAUGGUGCUCCCUCAGACCCUAUCCUUCAUCAUGUUAUCAACUCUUUCUCUUCUUCUUCUUCUGGGUUUGAAGGAACUUCUUUUGAGGACACUUUUCGUGGGAUUCUCAACACAAACAAAGAUAAUACCAUUGCAAAAACAACCACCACCAGAGAAAGUGAAGCAUUGACGAGAGAUUUCUUGGGUCUUAGACCCCUCUCUCAUAGUGAUAUCCUCACCAUUGCUGAUAUGAGAAACUGCAUGAACUCAUCCCAUGAUCAACAAAACCAAUCCCAAAAGCCCUGGCAAGGUUAGCUAUUAUGCAUAUACAUAUAUAUAUAUAUGUUUGUGUAUGUGGAUUUUCAUUUUUAUCUUUCUUUUAAAUUUAACUUUUGUUUAUGAUAUAUCAUAUAUGCUAUAUAUCUUCCCAAAGGGAAGGACCUUUCAGA